UUUUUUUUUUUCUUUGUUGAUGCCUAAUUCGCAUGAUACGCUUCUUUUUUAUUAUUAACAAAUCUUGUCAGACACGGUUUUCCAGAUAUUAUCAAAACUUGGUUCAUGACCGACCUAGUUUUGAGUUGCAAGUAGCAAGGCAAUGUAUAACGCGAAAACCAAACCAAACUCUAUUCUUUUUUAUGGAAGGAUAUAAAAUAGUUUAUCGAGUUUAUGCCUCAUUGUAUUUUAUUAUUGGUUGUGAUUCUGAAGACAAUGAAUUUUCUUUACUUGAAUUAAUUCAGUUUUGUGUUGAAUGUUUAGAUAGACACUUUGAUAAAGUGACGGAGCUUGAUUUCCUUUUUAACCUCGAAAAAGUGCACAUGAUCAUGGAAGAGAUCAUUGUGAAAGGCCUCAUUAUAGAAACCAAUCAUAAAAGAGUACUUAACUAUUUGGAAAGCAAACCCAGUUAGUGAAGCAGAUUGGAUUAAGAAGAAAAAAAUUUUUUAUGUCCCCGCCUAUCUUUCUUGCAAGACGCUGCUUGUGUUAUCUUGCACAAAAAACUUAUUUGAUAUAAAAUCAGUUUUGAUUUUUUUAAAAAAAAUCUUGCUCUUGUUUCCUUCUA